GGAACUCUAUUAAUGGCACGCUAAGCUAAAGUGUAUCCACAUGGCUCGUUCCAUGUUCCGAGAUCUAACCUCAACUUUAACACAUGAACCUUCAAUUGGGUUCUUUGACCCGCUCUUUAUUUCCUAUCCGUGCAAUGUUGAUCUGAUAUGGCCGUCUUCGUGGUACUGCACCUCGACAGACAUCAUUUAUCUUCUGAUGUUAUGACAUGACGCUACCAACUUCGCAAUGGCGACCCCUAUUUCUCCCCCUCUUGCGACCGUCGUACCAGCCCAGCUGGGCUUCCUAGCAAUCUUCAAUCCCUCCCUAGGCACUACCGACGAGACUAUGGACGACCAGAUAGUCUACUAUGCAUCUGUGAAUACCCAGUUUAAGAAACGACGGCACCGCUCGCGUGGUAAACCUACCGACAGCAUCUCCCAAGAUGAGCGAAACGAGCGGUUGAGGCAGAUUGGAUUGGCACAGGGUAUGGUCGAAUUCAGCCGCGGGUUUGCCGAUGGCCAGCCAGUCGAUACGAUAGAAACGGAGAAGAGUCGCGUCGUGUUGCAUGAGCUGGAGCCAGGUUGGUGGAUAUUAGCUUCUAUUGAUUUGACCAAGUUACCCCUACCACCGAGGCUCGGGGCUCCCUCUUCAAAUCAGAUAGACGAUCCGUCCGAAAAUGUCGAAUAUUCGUCUCGGGAAGUCAAGCCAGCUAUUCUACUAAUGCAAGAUCUCCUCCGCGCCCAUUCCAUCUUCUUGCUGCACCAUGCAGCAUCUCUAAGCGCCUUGUUCGUUCGAUUGAGACGGUCUAAAUUCGUUAGCAUAUUGGGUCGAUACUGGGAUCUGUUUCUGUCUACUUGGGAUGUCAUGUUACACGGUAAUCCCACUGCCAGCAUGUUUGGUGGGAUUAAGAUCGCUGCUUGCGGCGAACUUGGCGUCGGCGUCGGAGAGGAGGAACGUGGAAGCGGUGAAAGAGAGGUCCUUGAGGGGUUUGUCGGUAGAACCGAAGGCCUGAUUGAUCUAGUCGUGUCCAAGUUCGGUCCUUCGGAGUCUGGUAUAGACGAAGAUUCUCAAGGGGAUGAACAAUCGGCUUCGAAAUGGCUUGGCACCGGAGAAGAGCCAGGCGCGGAAGAUGGUGCUAUUUUCCUAGGCAUAGGGGCUCUAUCGAGGAAAUCAGUGCGCGAUGUCGCCUACUGGAUGGAAGACCUCUACAUGUGGGGUGAAGACGCAUAUGGAGUUAGAGACAGCCCGUCUUCAACACGUCAAGCCAAGAAAUCGAAGAAAUCAACCACGACAAGUACUAAAAAUACCACUGGAAACCCUACAAUUGCUUCAGAGCCAAAUAACGCAACCAGUCCAACCCCCCAAAACGCGCAAAAGAAACCUAUGGAUACAAAAGAACCAGAAACAACAACGCCCCAAAUCAUCGAAGAAACAGGCGACGGGGGUGGGGUUAACCGAUUUAUGAACUAUCUUAAGAUGGGUUAUGGUACUCACUGGACACUAGGCGGCUCUAGUGGAGGGGAGAACACAGAGCAUGAAAGAAUGACACCCGAAGAAAUGUCUAGGGAUAAAAAGCUUAGUGCUCUCAGCGUGAAUUCGGGCCGUUAUCUCAUAGGACUUCUCGGCAAUAUCGAGGAAGCUGGUAAUAUCGAAAAUGACGAGAAUAUAGAGCAAUCUGAUAGCCGGUCCGAAGACGUUGAGUAUAACUCUAGGAUCUUGCUUCGAACCCUUACCGUGGAGCUAGAAAAUGCAAAUCGUCCCGAAGCUGAGAUAACGCGGGAUUUUGGAAACCAAGACCGUGAGCGAUCGACAACAGCAGAGCUCUGCCGAGGGUCUCAAGAAGCGACUUCUCUUUUUGAUAAUCAAGAUCUUAACAAAUCACAAAAGGUUCGCAUAGUGGUGUACGCAAAUAAGCCAUUCAUUUAUACAUUCCUAUUCCGGAAUAGGACGGACUCAUUAGCCUGGGGCGAACUGUAUAGGUCAUUACACUAUCAGCUUGCACCGCUUCGGAAACCCUUGGCGACGUCGACGGCCUAUCGCCCAGGUAGACCGGACAUUGGUCCAGUAGGUUCUCAUAUCUUUGACCUCAUAUGGGAUCCAGAAGCCAUGACGAUCCAUUCCACCAUCCCCAGCAUACCCACGCCAAUUCAGAUGGUACAAAACACGCAACCAGUUUGGUCUCGGGUAGAAGCGGUAAACACACAUAAUCAAAUACUCAACACAUAUAUCACAACGUCAACAGAUCCGUCUGAAUUAGAACGCACUUGUAAGACAAGCCGUGGUUGGUGGAUUGUCUGGACGCGCAUAAUUGAGAAAGACGGUACCCAGACUCCGGUACAACCGCCAGACUCUUCGGAUACGAGCCAGAUCCCCAGCCUACAGCACAGCGAAUCAACGGAGAGUGUUGACUCUCAAGGUCAGCCCAGGAGCAUCCGAUCAAGGGGCAAGGUCAGCAAAGAGAUAUUCCUCAUCCGUCGAGCGGGCGAGCAUACGAGGCUUAGGGGGUUAAGCAGCUCGUAUGCGGAAGGAGGUGGUUGGGCGGAUGGAGCUAGUCGACUCGCCCAAGGCAUUGGUGUCGACACGAAGAGAUAUAUUGAGGGGCUACUAAGCCUAGGUCGAUGAAAUAUUCUAGUUUUAUGGCGUUUGAUCUUGGAUUAGGUACUGGCAGGAUGGCUAUAGCUAUAGAUGGGACAGAAGCACUAGAGUCCCCGAGGAUACCCAGCAAGUUGCUACAGAGAAUUUUCAGGGGCGUCUCCUUUGGUUAACAUGUUCAUCUGCCCGGCGUAUAGAAAUUGAUGGAGAUAUGAAUAUACGUAGGUACUGAUAAGAGUAUGCUCAGCUUUGGUCAUAUAUAGAUAGCUAACCUAGAUGAUAUGGGAAUAUCUAAAAAAGAUAUUCAAUUACUAUUGUCUACCA